UAGGUAGAUAAAGAUGGCUGAUCCUUGGGAAGAAUGCAUGAACUACGCAAUAGCUUUAGCAAGAAAAGCUGGACAGAUAAUCCGGGAGGCAUUGACAGAGGAUAUAACUGUCAUGAUUAAAAGUUCUCCAGCAGAUCUAGUCACAGUCACUGAUCAAAAAGUGGAAACUAUGAUUAUAUCUUCUAUAAAAGAAAAAUAUCCAUCACACAGCUUUAUUGGAGAAGAAUCCGUUGCAGCUGGUGCAGGAAGUAUUUUGACCGAUAAUCCCACAUGGAUUAUUGACCCUAUAGAUGGAACAACUAAUUUUGUGCAUAGGUUUCCCUUUGUAGCCGUUUCAAUUGGCUUUGUAGUAAAGAAACAGAUGGAAUUUGGAAUUGUGUAUAGCUGUGUAGAAGACAAGAUGUAUACUGGUCGAAAAGGAAAAGGAGCCUUUUGCAAUGGACAAAAACUCCAAGUGUCAAAACAACGAG